AAGGAGACACAAAUGAAGCGAAAACGCUAAUGAAAGAUUAAACUGUUUUUUGGGACAUUGUGAAAUGAGAUUCAAUGAGGAGGGAUGGAACUUAGUAGUUAUGGUGGAACAUUUAUCAUUUCAUUGUGUAUUGUAUCAGUUACUGGACACUGUGGGGUGCACCAGAAUCUGGAUGUAGUUAUAAUGUAUGAUGAAUCUUCAAGCUCUGGUUCAACUGGAUUUUCCUAUCAGCGGCAGUUUAUUGUGUCACUAGCUGACGCUCUACACCUGAGUUCCACAGACACUAACAUGGCCGGACUGGGUGUAGACACCUACGCCUACUAUGGAUGGGGACUUCGAGAUUAUUUCACGUCUUCUGCAAUAAAUUCAAAGCUAAUGAAUAUAUCCAUGCAUCUAGGAGAUGGAGGCUCAAAUUUGGCACCUGGAUUUGAAAUGGCAUGGACUCAUAUCUUAUCCAAUAGUACGAGGGCGGGGUCCCAAGCGUGGCUUAUAGUUCUAACUGAUACGACAUAUACAACCUCUACGAAGGGAUUAGACGAAGCUAAAGCUGCUGGUGUAAAAGUUGGCUUUGUAGGGACGGGUUCGGUUGCAAGCUAUUCAUCUUAUGCUUCUGACUCAAAAUAUAUCGUCAGUAGAAUGAGCUGGGGAACUCUUUCUUCAUAUAUUACAAGUGUUGUGGAAUUUUUCUGCCCUGCAUAUUGUGAAAACUUUUUGUUUUACUACGAUCUUCCAAACAGUAUGAGCGUCCAAGCUGAUACACACUCAAAUGUAGGCUACUAUUUGAGCGGUACAGACGUCACCUAUGACGUACACUGUUGUGGAGCUGUUUCUUCCGUAGAGUUCAAGGCCACGACUUCCGGAACAUUUAAGUUUCAAAUAUGGCGGAACUAUGUCCUAAUGUCCGAAACAUCGGUGUCAGCGGCAGCUGGAUAUCAGACUCAUACUUUUUCACCCAAGCUUGCCAUACAGGCUAAGGACGUUAUUGGAUGGUACUCAUCUGGAGUUAACCCUAUUGGAAUUGCCUCGACCUGUUCCGGAGACUUAUGUACCAGCGGGACAAAACGAGCGACCAACAUGGGAACAGUAGCAGUGGGGGCUUCUUAUUCGUGGUCUAACGCCACUGACCUGCCAGACACGGCAUUUGCAAUCAAAUUUACUAUUGUCAACAGUACUGUUCCUAGCUAUACCCAGUCCUCUCCGGUGUACAUAUCUGAGACUCUGGCGGUGGGAUCCAGUAUCAUGGUCUUUAGUGCUACUGAUGACACCGGUGAAAUGUUAGCAUACAGCGAUCCUUCGAGUCCAUACUUUGCUUUUAAUCAAUCUUCCGGAGAAAUUACUUUGAUUGGCUCGUUGCCCACUCCUCAUGUUGAGACACCCUACACUCUUACAAUAGAAAUUAUGGACGCCUGUUUUAACACAGCUACGGCCACCAUUAAUAUAACCUCAUUUGCUGUUCCUCCAUCAUUUCAUAAUUUGCCAACGGAGGUCGAGCUAGGAGAUGACGUCACAGCAGAGACCCUUUUAAUUGUUGUUAAUGUGACAGAUGAAUCCGCUCCCAGCAUCAUUUGUGCUCAAACGUCAAUUUUACCAGAAACCCAGUACUUCAGACUUGACGAUUACAUGAAUGGCUCUGCUGCAGUAUAUCUCAAUCCUGAUUCGGUGUUGGACUUUAACACAGUUGAGGAAUAUAAAAUGUUCAUCACAUGUACCGGAAGUACACCUCUUGAGUCCGUACUGACCAUCAGAAUUCUGGAUAAAUCCGUCACCACUCCUUAUACGGUGCCAGCAUGGGCGGCGGGGGCCAUUGUCGUCAGCGUGGGAUCAGUGGGCGUGGUUAUAGGAAUGGUCUGUUUUCUGAUUGUCGUAAUUCUGGCAACAACCGAUGAAGCGGAAGUACUGCCGCCAGUGGAAGAAGACAAGGACGCGAACAAGGAAGUGGAUGAUGCUGCACAGAUGUACAAAAAUGUCGACCGAAUUCAACUUUAUAGAGAGGGUUACGGGGAAUUUUGAGCUGUGUUUUAAUGCAUUCAUUGAUUCAAAAUAUUUUUAAAAUAGACACAAAAAUUGUAUGCUUAAAAAAUCUGUAUUUCAUUUUUUGGAAUUAUAAUGAAUGCAUGUGCUAACCAACAUUACUCUCUCAAAGGAUCAUGAAGAAAAGUGAUGUUUUUGGGCGUUCUCUUUUGAAAUCAAUAACAACUAGUGUCACAAUA